AUGGCAACCAACACUGUAAGCUUGAAGCUCUUGAUUGACACAAAGGGCCACAAGGUUCUGUUUGCUGAAGCAGGCAAGGACUUUGUGGAUUUCGUUUUCACGCUGCUGGCUUUACCUGUUGGAACUGUGAUUAGGCUCCUCUCUAAGGAUAACAUGGUGAGCAGCUUAGGCAAGCUUUAUGAUAGUCUUGACACUUCUUAA